CAAAAAAUACUGGGACAACAUGAAAAUGCAGACUUUGGCGAUUUUCGUCGUAACUUUGUGCGCCGUUGCCUUCACGUACGUCAAUUCAACGACCACCACCGAAAAAGUAGAUAAAGAUAAUGCAAGAGAUUUGAUGACAUCAGGGAGUGAGCAGGACAUCAUAAAGACUCCAGAAGAAACCGAUACGAAUCCCGAUCUCAUGGCCAUCAUGGGUGAAUGCAAUGAAACAUUUCGUAUCGAAACUUCUUACUUAGAGUCACUUAAUGAGAGCGGCAGUUUUCCGGAUGAAAGUGAUAAGACACCAAAGUGCUACAUUCGUUGUGUGUUGAUGAAGACCGGGGUGACUACUGAAGAUGGAAAGUUCAUCCCCGACGUAACCUCUCAGGUGUUCGCGUCACAGAAUAUCAAGGAGCAGAUGGACGGCAUCCAAAAUAUGGCAACCGCGUGCGCCGUCGACCGUAAUGAGUCCUGCAAAUGCGAUAGAUCGUACAUGUUUAUGAAAUGCCUCAUGGAGUCCGAAAUAAAAAGUUUCAUGAAAAUAAUGUAGUGGAAAAUAAAAAGCUCUCGAAAUUACUACACACAUACGACGAGUUUUUUUUUUUUUUUGUUUUUGGUACAUUAAACUUACUUAUAUGUAGUGUUAGUGAUGCAAAUAGGUACAUUUAAAAAAGCAACAAAUAUACUAAAUAAUUUUAGUUCAACUGUUUUUUUAUUAAAAAAUACUAGCUUAUUGGUAGUUUUGUGUCCCAUUCUUUAUGUCAACAGAUUUUAUCAGUGUAGGGGUUAACUGUAGUUAAUGACUCAGAAAAUUUUAAAUUAAGCACAUUC